UUGAUUAACCUUAGCCCGUAGAUCCUGGCGCUAAAUGGCCACGCGACCUCUCAGCACCUCAAUUACGUUACGAUCCGGCCUGUGGUUAUCUCCUCUACCUUGAGCUUUCAAGACAAUGUUAUGGAAUAUUUUUAAGAAUUGCCGCAGCUGGUGACUAUCGAGAAUGGCACCACGGAACGGGAAUAACGGCAACGAUGGGGGCGGCGGCAUCCUUGGGUCUGUCGCUAGGUUCUGGACUCACUCCUACGCGCCCGACUAUGUGGGCUUCGCCGGCCUCCUCACCGCUUACAUGCUGAUUCAAUUCCUCGUCGAGCCAUUUCAUCGCAUGUUCUUCAUCAACGACCUGCGAAUUGCCUUUCCGCACGCCGAGCACGAGCGAGUACCCGUGUCAAUGAACUUUGUCUACGCGCUGUUUAUACCUUUGGGGUUCAUCAUCCUCGUCAACAGCGCCACGCGGGCCUCAUUUCACAAGCACCACUCGACUAUCCUUGGGCUAGCCAUCGCCAUAAUCCUCACGAGUUUCCUUACGGAUAUCGUGAAGAAUACUGUGGGGAGACCGCGGCCUGAUUUGAUCGCGAGAUGCAAGCCCAAGGCAGGCACGCCGCGAGAUAUGCUAGUCACGAUCGAUGUCUGCACCGAGACGGACCACCAUACCCUUCAUGAUGGUUGGCGGUCAUUCCCGUCGGGACACUCGAGUUUCAGUUUCGCUGGUCUUGGAUAUACGGCCCUCUUCCUAGCUGGGCAACUGAGGAUAUUCAGGGACAAGAAGGAUCUGGGAAGGGCACUGAUUAGUCUGGCGCCUCUGGUAGGCGCAGCUAUGAUUGCAAUUAGCCGAUGCCAGGAUUACAGGCACGAUGUGUACGAUGUCUGCACAGGAUCACUGCUCGGAACGGUUAUUGGAUUCUGGAGUUAUCGGAGGUAUUGGCCACGUUUAACUAGCAAAGAUUGUGACACACCAUAUCCUGCGCCAGGCACUGACUUGGACGAGAGAGACGAGACCGGCUGGCGCAGAGUCCGAGACGAGGAAGAAGGCCCAAUCUUGGGAAGGAGUGGUGCGUAUGAGUUAAAUGAUUUGGAGUCGCAAAACUGAGCAAGACUGACCGAACAUUAGUUGAUUGAUCGAAUUGUGCAAAGCGACAAAUGCUGAUCGGAUACACGUGUUGAAUUGUAUAGAAACGAAUUUUUGGGUACUGUUUAUAGCCUCUUUGUUUUUUUUUUGUUUUUUUUUUUUGGAAG